AUGGCGGCCACAUCGGUUCCAGCAUCAACUUCAACAGCCACACUGGCAAGCUGGACUCCACCAUAUAACGGUACAUGUGUGACGGACAGCGACUGUGCUGUACCUCCUGGAUGGACUUGUUCUGGGGGUGUCUGCACAUGUUCCAUCGGAUACGACCUGGACGAGACCAGCGUUACGUGCAGGAAGCUGACAGAAUGCUCGUCGUUUGGAUCUGAUUUCACCCUCUUCGUGAACCUGGCAAUCAGAGGACACAACAUCAGGACCAUCCAUUCUAAGACUUCUGCGGAAUGUGCAGAGCUGUGUGUCGAUGCUAAAGACAUCGUCUGCAGAUCCUUCGAAGAUUACUAUAAUAGCUGCUUCUUGCAGACUCUGACGUGGUUUGACGUCGGCGGCGACGAUCAUCGGUCUCUAGAAGAUGUUGGUCAUUACCAGCGUCGAUGUAACUGGUGAUACGCAUGGCGACGACAGUAUUACAUAUUUCCCCAAUGUUUCGGAAACUCAAAGCGAACCCGUCCAUGCAUAAACCUCUAACGUGCUCUCUACAAAUCAAUAUCAUCGACUGCACGCACUAGAUUAUAAAAAAAACUUUGAUGAACUGUGAAUGAACCCUCACAGCCAUACAUUACCACAAAAGAAUA